AUGACACCUUCUCAAGAGACUCAUAUGGAGUGGAGGCUAGCUUCCAGCUAUGUUUCAAGCGUGAGACAUCUGAGUCAGACUCUGAUGUCUGCUUUGUCUGAAGGACUCGGGCUGGAUUCAAACUGCCUCGCGAAAUCGUUUGGAGACUCAGAGAUGAUCUUGCGAUCAAAUUACUAUCCGCCGUGCCCAAAUCCCGACCUUGCUCUUGGGAUGAAUGGCCACACCGAUAGUGGCGGUUUGACAAUCCUGUUUGAAGAUCAAGUUGGCGGACUCCAGGCCAGGAAAGGUGAUCUCUGGUACGACUUGAAGCCUAUAAAGAAUGCAUUCAUUGUGAACAUUGCUGAUCAGCUUGAACUUGAGGAUGAUGCUCUUGAGGUCUUGGCAAUCGCCAAUCACGCUGUAGAUCUUCAGGACCUCUCCAGGAACAGGAAGGAUGGAUUGUUGAGUGCUUGA